AUGGCUCCAAUCAUCUCGGAACUGGCCACGCUGCGAGCUCUCAGCUUCCGCAUCUCCUCCACACCAACAUCGCAACUUCCUCAGCACGUGCCGGCCAUCGCAUCGGCCUUGGCAAACUGCAGAACUCUUCUCUCUUCACCUCAGGCUUCCGGCACCAAGGCGACUUCUUCAGAAGCGUCCGUAGCAAUUCACAAAUUCCGGACCUUACUCUCGACACUGCUGCAGGACCGCACCCCCCAGGGAAGAUGGUGUGCUAUAGUCUUAAUCAAAGCAACAAUCGAAGUCGGGGGAUGGGAGACACUGCAGAAGAGCUUACCAUGGGUUCGCGGGCUUUUGGGUUUCUUGAAUAAACCAGAUCCUCCGUCUUCAAAGAAACUGUGCAUCAUCACCCUGACGCGCAUUUUCUUCCUCACCAGAGAAUAUCCAACUCUAGUCCGCGAGAUCACCACCCCUUCUUUGCCAAGCUUUAUCCAAUCUAGCUUGCACAUGGCGAAUGCAACAUCAACUCCAACAGCUCUCUUGCAAACCAUCCUUGAAUGCCUCAACGAGCUAUUGCCCCGACACCCUACCAUCUUCCGGUCCUACCUUAAGCAGCUCCAUCCGCUUCUAGCACGUCUUAUUGCGCCCACACCAUCCAACAAGAUUAGCCCGGAACAGAUUCCUGGAACUAGAUAUACGACGUCUUCUGAAAUCAUAAUGGCGGCGCGCGAGCUCUACGUUCAAUUGUCUUGUUGUGCGCCCAAGGGGACAUCGAGCGAGGAGUGGAUGAAAUCCCUGAAAGCUCUUGUCAACAAUGCCCAUCAGACUGCAGACCAUGUGUUCCGUGCUGUAUUGGAAGACUGGCAGCCUACUACCCGUGAAUCACCUCUAGCAAAUGGCCACACGCUCGAGGACGAGGUGCAGGAUCUGGAGCCUAACAAUCAUCUGCCACCAUGGUCUGGCAUCUUUGCUGGGGGCGAACGUCUGAAGGGACUUCUUAACCUCAUAACAGAGUACCUUGGCACGCCCACAGCGGGCCCCAUAUACCUAAAUAUCGCCAUGGUAAUGGACUUGAUCUCAAGAGUGCUAUCACUCACCAUCCCUGCCUCGUCGAGCAAGAGCUUCCAGAACACCGUUAGGCUGAAUAUUCAAGUCAGCAAAGACGAGCGUGAAGCUCUUUGGUUACUACUACCGGACGUGCACAUUGCGGCGAUGAAGCUGCUUCUGGCGCUGGCAGACAGGUCUCAGGCAAGCACAUUGGCACUUGAUCCCAUUGUCAUCGAUCAGGUCGUCUGGGUGUUUGGAGCAGAAAAGAAUGUGGCACAGAUCAGGACGACGUGUUACACGGUUGUCGCUUCCCUACUCAAAAGGUCGGGAAUCGCGCUACCUAAGGCAACUAUCGACUCCCUUGUACCCCUCAUCCGGCUCUGUUGUGACGAUCUGCUUCCCUCUGAGAUUGCUACGGCGCCAGCGCAGCAUAACACUACACAAACAAAGACAAACGGGAAUAGUCAACCCCAGACAACUGCAAAUGCGGAUAGCUUCUUGAGUGCUUCAAAGGCUAUCAGUGACCCCACCGCUGGCUUGUCUGGUCUCAAGGAAGCUGCCUAUGAUCUCCUUCCCACAUUACUCUCCAACAUACGCGCCCAGUACCUGUCAGACUCGAUGCGAGCUCGUCUAGAUCGCACGGCUGUCCUCAUCCAGCACAAGGAAGCCAUGUUAGCUAGCGUUCUUAAUCCGCCCCCAAGCAAGAGAUUUGGCAAGCCGUCAGCCAGUGUAUUACCGCUUAUAGCUCGAUCCUAUCCUGUUGAGAUGGAGAUUGAGGGUAUGCUUAGGCCGAGAAUGCCUGUUAUUCGGCUAGGAGGCCAGGAACUGGAAAUCGACGAAGCCGAGGACGAAGAUGUGGAUGACGAAGAAGAGAGUGAGGAAGAAGAGCAUAGCAUUAAGCACGCGGAUGAGCACUGUGUGGGGCAAGAGCUAGACGACUUACUAGAGACCGCUGGGCAGACGGGGACUAUAGUAAGAGACUUUGCUGUGACAGAUGCUCUAGCGGCUGGCCCAGCAGCAAAUACUCCAUCGCGACCACUUCCUCAGUCAAGCAUGGCGCAACGCCCGAUGAUAUCGGAACCUACUAUGUUUGCUGACGUGAAGCGGCCGAUGGGCGAUGAAGGUCCUCUUUCACCUUCCAAGCGUGCAAAAACAGGCGAGGCCGAACACGGCACGACGCACCCAAUCUCGCCUGUCUUAGCACACGAUGCUUCUCUAAACCAUCGUCCCAUCACUUCAGGUAUAUCAGCCACUUCAGAUUUCACGGCUACCAGCACCGCCUCUGCAGCUCCCGAGCUACCCGUACCAUGUGAAGGCGGCCUGGACGAUGACAGUGACGAUGACAAGAUUUCUCUCGUGCUUGGUCAGGAUACGGAUGAUGAGUCGGAUUAG